AUGAUGGGAAAUGCAGUCGAUUAUAGGAAAAACCCUUGGCUGAGAUCAGGAGGCCAAGUGCUGCUGACCAUCUGGGUGACCGUGGACACGCCACCUGUCCUCCAGCCGCCCAGGUUUGUUCGCAACUCAUCCCCACUGGAAAGAAAACGCCCAGUGAGGGAUGCUCACUCCCACUCAGGCCUUUGUUCCUUGGCGUCUUUUCAUUUCAUGUCCAAGGGCACCUACCUCCAGGUGACUGACUUCUCUAACACUUUUCUCCAUCUUGGCUCGCAGGUCCACACGUUCCGAGGCCCUCACUGGUGUGAAUACUGCGCCAACUUCAUGUGGGGGCUUAUUGCCCAAGGAGUCCGAUGCUCAGACUGUGGAUUGAACGUACACAAACAGUGUUCCAAGCAUGUUCCCAAUGACUGCCAACCUGAUCUCAAGAGGAUCAAGAAGGUGUACUGUUGUGACCUGACAACACUCGUGAAGGCUCACAACAUGCAGAGACCCAUGGUGGUAGACAUAUGCAUUCGGGAAAUUGAAGCAAGAGGAUUAAAGUCAGAAGGGCUUUAUAGAGUUUCCGGGUUUACUGAACACAUCGAAGAUGUCAAAAUGGCAUUUGACAGAGAUGGUGAAAAGGCCGAUAUAUCUGCCAACAUCUAUCCAGACAUAAACAUCAUCACUGGAGCCCUUAAACUGUAUUUCAGAGACUUACCCAUUCCUGUCAUCACCUAUGAUACCUAUUCCAAAUUUAUAGAAGCAGCAAAAAUCUCCAGUGUGGAUGAGAGGCUGGAAGCGGUCCACGAAGUGCUGAUGCUGCUUCCUCCUGCCCACUAUGAGACCCUCCGGUACCUGAUGAUCCACCUAAAGAAGGUGACUCUGAAUGAAAAGGACAAUUUCAUGAAUGCUGAAAAUCUGGGGAUCGUAUUUGGGCCCACCCUGAUGAGGCCCCCUGAGGACAGUACCCUCACCACCCUCAAUGACAUGCGGUACCAAAAGCUGAUUGUGCAGAUUUUAAUAGAAAACGAAGAUGUUUUGUUUUAAUCCACCAGGGAAGUGAGCUGAAUGGCCCGAGCCCCAUCUAAGUUGAUAAGGCUAAAGAAAUAAAAACAUCUUUUACACUUGAUUUGUUUUCCAAACAAGUGGUGGAAUUUCCUAGACCACAGAGGAUCGCCAUGUCGGCUACUGUGUCUCAUAGACACUGGCCCUCUCCACAGGAGAACAGCAAGGAUGAGGGUGAGAAAAAGCCCUCGCCUGGGUCUUUGCUGUGCCUCGUAUUUCUGUUUUGCUGGAAGAGUGAUUAAUAAAUCUUUCUUUAACUUAUUAAAAAACAACGUAGACCUUUAAACUUCAGUCUUAUCAGUAAUAAAAGGGAACUUAAUUCAUAGAGGUACUUGAUACAGUUAUACAUUUUCCACUUACAAAAAGAAGACAAUUCUAUAUGUUAAAUGUUAAAUGAAACUUAUAUUGUAAAAUGUAUUUUUAUUUUAGCUGCAAGAAUGUUACUUUAUUUUAGCAAAUAGAACUCAAUGCAGUGCAUUGAUUAUUACCCUGUGUACCUUGUCCUGCCUUCUUGCUGCGAUCCCUG